AUGAAAUAUUACAUACAAGAAACAAAAUGGAAACAAAUUUUUGCAAAUUUGAAAAGCGUAAAAGGAAUACACAGUAAAAACGAAGAUCGGAUAAGAAGGUUCAUGGAAUCAGUGUGGUACAUGGCUCGAAGUGGUUGCCAAUGGCGACUUUUACCAGAAAUAUAUGGCAAUUACAGAAGCGUACAUAAGAGAUUCAAAAAGUGGUGUGAAAAGGGAAUUUGGGAAAAGCUGCUCAAAUAUACACAAGAUCCAGAUUUGGAAGUGCAAAUGAUAGAUGGAACAAUCGUUAGAGCACAUGCUUGUGCGGCUGGAUACAAGAAGGAUACCGGAACUCAAGAAGCACUGGGACGCAGCAAAGGUGGCUUUACAACAAAGAUACAUGCUCUUGUUGAUGCUCUGGGAAAUCCGCUUAAAUUUACUUUAACUGCUGGUCAAAGGAACGAUAUUACACAGGCUGAAGCAUUAACUGAGAAUGUCUCAAAUUCAGUUGUGGUGGCCGAUAAGGGCUAUGAUAGUAAUGCUUUUAUUGUGGGUCUUGAGAAUAAAGGGUGUGAGGUUGUUAUUCCUCCGAAGCGUAACCGAAAAGUGCAGAGGUAUUAUGAUGAGCAUAUUUAUAAAGAACGUCAUUUGAUUGAAUGCUUUUUCGGCAAAAUAAAACAUUUUAGGCGGAUUUUUUCAAGAUUUGAUAAGACUGCCACGGUUUAUUUAGGCUUUUUAAACUUCGUUGGGGCCCUCAUAUGGCUUGCUUAAAAUUUUGGUUCACAGAGCCUAGNUAGUGUUUGUACAACUUGGGCAAAAAUAGAUAACAAGUUUUACUUACUUGAUGUAUAUCGAGCGAAACUUGAGUACCCAAAGCUAAAAGAACAGUUUUUAUCACUUGCGGAAAGAUGGAAUCCACAUGCAAUUCUUGUUGAAGCAAAAGCAAGUGGACAGCAAUUGAUACAAGAACUAAAAGAAAAUAGUGCUUUACCAGUGAUCGCAAUAGUACCACACAAUGAUAAACUCACUAGGUUUCAUCAGAUUGUUUCGCUAAUAGAAUCGGGCAGAAUUUUUUUACCACACCAUGCAGUAUGGUUAAGUGAUUUUGAGUAUGAAGCUCUAAUGUUUCCAGAAACUAAUCAUGAUGAUCAAGUAGAUAGUACAGUGCAAUAUUUGCAAUGGGUAAGAAAAACAAAUGAUAAUGUCAUGAUGAUUAGGAAUUUAUAA